AUGAGACGUAUCACCGAAGCUGGCAUGAAGCCACCAACAAUGGCUUUUGUACGAGAAAAAACUGCUAAAAUUCAGGAUGCCAUCAUCAGACCUAUAAAGGAUGAACGAACUGUUGAACAAAUUAUUCAAUCGAAGAAACGUUUCCAGAAAGCCCCUACAAACUUCGCCCUGAGGAAGGCUGAGUUGAUUAAGCAGCGGGAAAUCGCCGAGGCCGAGGGUGACACCGAGGCAUUAAGGAGGCUAGACUUGGAAUUGGAAGAUAUUGAGGCGCAAGCAGACAAAAUUGAUCGACGACGGACCCUGGGUUUCAAGUCCAUUACCUCCAUCAAUCAACGCAAUCGCGUGCUCAGCGUGCUUCAGGCGGAAGAAGCCAUCCGUAAAGAAAGUGAAGAGGCUCGGAAUUCCAAGGAGGAGGAUCCGUUCACUAGGGUACACUCACAACCGAACAACCAAGCCAACGCAGACGCGCAAUCCAAUCUCGAGUCGUCCACGGCUGAUAAUGCGAAACUUUCUGGUUCAGCCUCCAGCAGUUCCCUCCCCUGUUUAUCCAGUACCUCAGCUGGUAAGGGCCGUGGUGAUUUUCUCAAUACUCCGGAACGGGUUUCUUGGUCUAUCGCAGACGAAGACAGUAACACAUCCACUCCUCACGACACGUUACACGCCAUUCAUAACUUCGAAAUUAACAUCAAUCUAGAUCUCGAUGGAUCAGGUGAUCAGCCUCUCCUCGGAGGUACACCAGCUCGACGACACGGUGAUCUUGAUCCUUCUGGACGAUCCACACACCACUUAUCUGACUCUAUUCGAGGACGUGAUUCUCUGGGUAACGUAUCUCAUUCGACAGCAGAAAAUGGGCCAACACCGGUUGUGAAUCGCAGGGUUCUAAAUCUUGAGGCAUAUAAAAAGCAAAGAGGUCUCAUCUGA